CCGGGUCUUGCAGUCGUGUUUACGAAUAAGCAGCGGUGAAUUGCAUAAUCUCUCAUCGGUGGUGUAAUACUUCUGUUCAGCUUCUUCUUACAGCUUUACUGCGGUACUUUAUACAUUAUUAAUGGGUCCAAACAGGAUCUACAUCAGUGUAGGUUAUGCCACAUUCGGCAUGUUGGUGGGUUUUUCUGCGUUUAUCGUGUGGAAUGUGGUUUAUAAACAACCAUGGACGGCGGCGUUGGGCGGAUUAUCAGGCGUUCUGGCACUCUGGGCAUUAGUCACUCACAUUAUGUACAUUCAGGACUACUGGCGCACGUGGCUGAAGGGACUCAAGUUCUUCAUGUUUGUUAGUUCUGUCUUCUCCCUCCUGGCUGUUGCUGCUUUUGCCACCUUCAUAUCUCUAGCUGUUAUAGAAAAGCAGUCAUUAACUGACCCUAAGAGCUUCUAUCUGUCAGCCGUGUGGAGCUUCUUGACUCUUAAAUGGGCCUUCCUGCUGGGCAUGUACUCCUACCGUUACCGCCAGGAGUUUGCUGACAUCAGCAUCCUCAGUGACUUUUGAUUGGCUGCUUCAGCUGCAAAGGAUUUGCAGUCGGUGGCUUCACCUGCCAAUGUGGAGAUGGAAGGAUGGAUUGAUGGUUCUCCUAUUUAAUGCCGUCUAACGGCCUCCUUGCUUUCACAGAAAAGACUCAAAUCUCAGACCCUCCUUCCCCUCAGAUCCGGGCCCUGGAGUAAGAAGUUGAUGAAUGUCUGUGAUCUGCCUCUUUCCUGUCUUUUUGAGUUAAUUGGGGGGUUUUAUAUUGACAUUGGAUAAAGGUAUGUCACGUGUUUUGAAGGCAGUGGACACACUAGGAUGUGGUCACAGGUAGUUGUUACUUUACUCAGGGCAACUUCUCUCCAAAUGUCAGAUGUGAAGUAAUUGGUCCCCUUCACUGUUGGAAAAAAUGUGCAAAAGUUGUACAUUUAGGGGUGUAACAACUUGUCACUGGGGCAGUACCCUUAAAGAGACACCUUUGUACCUUAUUUACCCCUUAUUAAGGAUGCAAAGUCCCUUGAAGGAAAGUCAUUUCACACGGUGGCCAUCUUUGAAACGCCUCUCGGGCAGCUAUUUCAAUCAUACAAGUUCAUCUCCUAUCUUUUUGAAUGGGGAAACAUCAAAUUCUCCAAAGCUGUUCACCAAGCUUAUUAUGAUUAAUGUUGACAGUAAAGUACUUGCUUUGCCCAUGUUUUGGAUGAUGAGAUGGCCGAAACACAUAAGAAGAGAGGACGGUUGGUCAGUGUGGCAUUUGUCCUGCCUCUCCUCCACUAUGAUUGGACAGCUGGGUAAAAAUUGACAGUGAUGAGCAUAGAUAUAUAUGCAUAGAUUUCUCAUUAACAGCUGCUUCUGUAGGCCGCUAUACAUAAGACGUCCUCCAUAUCGGAAUUGUCAAAGCCAGUCUGUGAACACUCAAGCGCAAGUUGACUGUGUAAAUAUAUAUAUUUGCAAAGGGACUUCAGGAAAACUUCCCUACUAUAUAGUAUGCGAAAAACAGUACGCGAAAAGAGUAUUAUUUCUGAAUACAUAGUAUUCGAAAAACAGUAGGCGAAAAGUAUGCAGGUGACCUACUGCUUCUGCCAAGAUUCUGAAGUGUGCAUUCGAUGGACACUUUACUAUCCCAUGAGGCCACGGGAAAGGAUUUAUGAAUGGCAGUGAAGUGAUGCAACUGACGCUGGUAGGUCACAUGACAGUUACAACAUGGUGGAUGUAGAAUGUCCGAAUUUCAUUCAUACUACCUAUAAUCAUGCGAUAUAGUAUGUACUUUUUUAACGUUCGCAAAGUAAGUUCAAAUUCAAAGGUAGUACCAACUCAGUAUGCGAUUUUGGACACACCGCAUGUCUACACUAGAGCGUUGUGGUUGUGAUGCGACAAAAACAGACAGAACUCAUUAUAAUCAAUGAUGCUGUCUACACUGGAUGUGGCGCAACGCGACAAAUCCAGAUGGUAAACUGAUGUCCCAUUCUAUUUUUGAUGUAUACUUCAAGCGGGAGAGGAUUUAUGAAUGGAAGUAAAGCAACACAACUGACGCUGGUGUGUCACAUGACAGUAACAACAUGGCGGAUGUGGUACAUCCGAAUUUCAUUCAUACAACCCAUAUAUUUAUACUAUAUAGAGUGUACUUUUUUAACGGUCAUGAAGUAAUUUCAAAUUCAAAUGUAGUACCUACUCAGACAGUAUGCGAUUUCGGACGCAGCGAUUGAUUGCUUGCUGUGAGUGAUGACAACAUCUUAAAUGUUGACUGUUCCAAGAUGGCGGACAUGUCAACGCGUUUGAGCGGUCGAAUGUGGCAUCUACUUAUACAUAUCUAUGGUGAUGAGCGCUGCGUGUUACCCAAAGUUUUUUACCCAAACAUUUUUCAAAUCUCUGCGACCAGAAAAAACGGCAAGUGUCAAGUUGUUGUAACCGUAAAGGUACAAUUUUUGCACAUUUUUUCCUAAAGGGGGUUGAAUGAGUGUAUAAUGAAGGGUUUGCACAGCUGUAUCUAGGGGUAUCAAUGUUAUCAAUGUUGCUAUUGUUUUCAGAGACAGUGUUCUUUAUUGUUUGCCAUAUGUCAUUGCUUUUUAAAUGUUUAUACUUAGUUUUAUUUAUGAUUGGAAGUUGAGGAUUAUUCAUGAAUGUGUUCGGAACAGCAUACUACCGUACAACUAUUUCUACAGUAUGUACACUACCAUUCAGAAGUCGGUAAGAUUUUUUAAACAUUUUUAUGAAAGAAAUCUCUUAUGCUGACCAAGGCAGUAAAACAGUAAAAAAAUAUUUUAAAAUGUAAUUUAUUCCUGUGAAUUUUUAGCAUCAUUACUCCAGUUUUGGUGCUCAAGAAACAUUUCUUAUCAUCAUCAAUGUUGAAAACAGUUGUGCUGCUUAAUAUAUUUGUGGAAACUGAUAUAUUUUUUUUUAGAUUCUUUGCUGAAUAUAAAAUUCAAAUUCAAUUUUUGUAUCAAUGUAAAAAAAACUUUAGUCACUUUUGACGCAUCUUUGCUGAAUAAAAGUAUUAUACUAUUUAUUUUUAAAGUAAUAUAAAAAUAAAAAAUUCUUACUGACCCCAUACUUUUGAACAGUAGUGUAAACUAUGCAUAUGUCUGGAUAACAAACAUUUGACGUGGUUUGACCAUCCAUUACCAACAUGAGCCAUAAGUUCUAGCAGCCAUUUUUAACAGUUAGGACUACUAAAAGGCAAGGCAUACAAAAAUGCAAAAUAACCAUGCAUUAUUACUCGCUGAAAUAUGACAGUGUAGCAUUCCAAGUUGGUUAUUGCAUCAUGCUUUCUGUUUUGCGUACCAUCUUUAUAUGCAUAGCAAAUAUUUGGCAGUAUGACUAGUAUUCCGUUCCGAACGUUGUGCAUGAUGUAUUAUUAUUGUGCAGUUCCUCUCUUUGCCACUAGUGGGGGCGAUGGAGAAAUUGAAUGAAUGGCUAACUGGUGCUCAGGCAUCUGCAGAUAUUGUUUUUAGUUACAUAUAAUCACUAAAUUGUAGCUGAACUCACCUUGUUGAAUACUAGAUAUGUGUUUUGUCAUCUGAAAUGUUACUUUUCUUCAGAAUAUUCUGCCAGACAAAACAAUUAUGUGUUUAUUUUUUAAAAUUCAUGUGCAUUGAAAGAUGAGUGUUCUGUUUGUUGAGCAGAUGUUAAGUGUGGUUGCAUGAGUCUGAUUUUUUUUAUUAUUUUUUAAAUGUUAAAGGAAUAGUUUUCCCAAAAUUCAGUCAUUUAUUCACUGUCAUGUCAUUCAAAUCCAAAGUAUUUUAUACAGUCGUCAUAUAAUAGCUUUGUAAACAGACCAAAAUUUAAUUUAAUUACUGAACAUAUUUUCUUUUGUGUCCAAUGAGAGAGAGAGAGAGAAAAAAAAAACAUACAGGUUUUGAAAGACAUGAUGAAGGUGAGUAAAUAAUUUUUGAACUAUUUAUUCAAGUCUUUUGAAGAAUCAUUAAUUUUUUAAGAGCCAAAAAGUAACAAAAACGAUUGCAUUGCACUGUCACAUAGAAAUGUUAAAUGUAUUAUUUGUUUAAACCAAGCAGAAACCUUCAAAACAUACAAUAUUUCACUCUAUAGCAUGUAUGUGAAGCAGUUUUGUAUCAUGUUUGCUUUUAACCAGCUGUAUGCAAAUUAAUCACCGAUUACAGUUAAACUACCUGCAGUUUAAAACUUUGCACAGUACGUGUUACACUGAGACAUUUAAAGGGGAUUAAAGUACUACUGUUUUAAUCUA